AGAAGAGAAGAAAGAGUAAAAAGUGGGAGCGGAAUGUUCUCCAUGGCGCGCAAUGUUGAUUUUCUUUCCGCUUCACUCGAGUGUAGGAUCCAACAUUUUCAGCCUUCACUUCCCAUGCAUCAAUAGGAUUAGGGUUUUCAGAUAUAUGGGUUGCAUAUGCUUCAAAGGGAAAUCUGCAGAGGAAUACGUUGCAGAGAACCGCAUAAGAAGGGGCAAGUCCAAGGCGUUGAAAUCAAAGCUUGCGAGUAAUUCUCUUCCCCUCAUAGACGUUGGGAAUGAUGCCGUCCAAGGGGAGAACGAAGAGGUUCAGGUGGCUGUGGCACCCACGGUGUUCAGUGUGACCAACGGGGAGCGAGGAGCUCUGGUUAUCGCUGGAUGGCCCUCUUGGCUCGCUGCCGUUGCUGGGGAAGCCAUUAAUGGGUGGAUUCCACGUAGAGCUGACUCCUUUGAGAAGUUCGAUAAGAUUGGACAAGGAACUUAUAGUAGUGUUUAUAGAGCUCGUGAUCUUGAAACAAAUAAAAUUGUUGCAUUAAAGAAGGUUCGAUUUGCUACUAUGGAUCCAGAAAGUGUUCGCUUUAUGGCAAGGGAAAUUCUUUUGCUGCGAAGGCUUGAUCAUCCAAAUGUCAUGAAGCUAGAAGGCAUGAUUACUUCCAGGGUUUCUGGUAGCUUGUACCUUAUUUUUGACUAUAUGGAACAUGAUCUUGCAGGGCUUGCAGCAAUACCUGGCAUCAAGUUUUCUGAAGCACAGAUCAAAUGUUAUAUGCAACAACUACUUCGUGGUCUUGAGCAUUGCCACGGUCGAGGUGUUAUGCACCGUGACAUCAAGGGCUCAAAUCUUCUAGUUGAUAAUAAUGGCCGUUUGAAGAUUGGUGAUUUUGGACUUGCAACUUCGUUUCAGCCAUCUAAGGGGAAGCCUUUAACAAGUCGUGUUGUAACCUUGUGGUACCGACCGCCUGAACUUUUACUCGGAGCUACAGAUUAUGGAGUUUCUGUGGACUUAUGGAGUUCUGGUUGUAUUCUUGCUGAAUUGUUUUCUGGAAAGGCUAUAAUGCCUGGACGAACAGAGGUGGAGCAACUUCAUAAAAUUUUCAAACUUUGUGGGUCUCCUUCUGAAGAAUACUGGAAGAAGUCAAAGCUGCGAAAUGCAACAAUUUUCAAACCUCAACAACCAUACAAACGGGUUGUUUCUGAGACAUUCAAGAAUUUUCCUUCAUCUGCACUGGGCCUAUUGGAGGUACUUCUUGCUACAGAACCUGAAGAUCGAGGAACAGCAUCUUUAGCACUUCAAAAUGAGUUCUUUACCACAGAGCCACUUCCAUGUGAUCCAUCAACUUUGCCAAAUUAUCCACCGAGUAAGGAGUUUGAUGUCAAACUUCAACAAGAGGAAGCUAGAAGGAGAGAGAGAUCAACAAAUAAAGAGCGUGAACAAGGAUCAGUUAGGAGGAAGUUAAAAGAGUCUAAAAAUGUUCUAGCUCCUGAUGCUAAUGCUGAAUUGCAAGCAUCAAUAGAGAAGCGACAAAGGCAACCUAAUUCAAAAUCCAUUGUUGAAAGCUACAAUCCUAAAGAGGAUGGCAACUCUGGCUUCCCUCUUGGACUUGCAAAGCCAAGAGUUCUCAGUGUCUUCUCUCAUUCCGGCCAGUCAAUGCAUCCAAGUGCAUAUGGUUCCUCAAACAAUAUGAAUUUGAAAGAGGAAAAUGUUCUUAUUGGCUUCAAUCAUGACUUUGGAUCAAGGCACACUGAAUUGAGUAAACAAAAAUUUCGUUGGCUUGAUGGCACACAAUUGUCCAAAUUUUCUGGUUCAUUUGCAGUUCGAGGUGAUGGCAAUUCGAAUGAUUUGCUGGAUGGACUGAAAUUGCACCAAAAGGACUUCAAUCCUUUUGAAAAGGAUCUUACCAUGGGUUAUGCUUCCAAAAACAAACGCUUCCACUAUUCUGGACCAUUGUUGUCACAGGGGGGGGGGAACAUUGAAGACAUGCUCAAGGAGCACGAAAGACAAAUCCAACAGGCUGCCCGCAAAGGUCGUUUGGAAAAGGACAACACAAAAAAGGCUAAGAAGGAGAAUGGCCUAACCGAAUCACUACUAUAGCACCAAGUGUGAAUUAUAACUCAUAAGUGUCUUUCAAGAUAGUUUCUAUGUUGAUUCAUUAAUUUAGGAUGAGGAAACUUGGACACGAGCACGAGAUUAUAACCAUGAUGCCGAGAUAGAUCUUUCUUUCCCUUGGUGCAUCUAUCUACCAAGACGUGGUUCCAGACUCAACGAGCUUCAGCGAAGUUAACAACCACAGUAGAUAUUGUGCAGUGUUCUAACCAACAGAUUCACAAGUUUCUGGGAGGUUGAUAUAUAUAGCCCUACAGAUCAAAUCAAAUCCAGUGAUUCAUAUUCCCCUGCUGGUGGUUUGCUUUGUACAUAUGAAACUGAUUUUGUGGAAUGACAUUUUCUUUGUUAAUUUUCCUCAAGUUCGGUGCGUGGUCAGAGCUAGAGAGAAUCCUUUAGCAUAGAAACUCUGGAAUGUGAAGAUUUAUAGACAUGUAUAGGAACGAUAUAGCUUCUUUAAGACUCUUGUAUAGUCUAUACAUAUUUGUAAUACAAAAUGAAAUAGAAAAUAGACACGACAGAAAGAAUAAUUGAAAUAGAUAA